UCCAGGCUAAUUUCAUACCGUAGGUGGACCGCGUAACAGCUAAUCAUUGCCAAAAACGCUUACCGAAUCACGCAUGCGGCAUGGCGAGACACGGGGCACAAUAUUUCCAUACCACCAAUCGCCAUAACCGCCGCCGUGUUCCGCCACCUUCUCGGCAAAUCCACCACCGCAGAAUUUCUCGAAAAUAUGGAUGGAGUGGGAGCUAGGCUCGGGCGGUCCUCGGCUCGAUACGCUCCUGCCACGAUUUUCACCGGGCCCGUUCGGAAAUGGAAGAAGAAGUGGAUCCAUGUAGCCCCUUCCAAUUCCAAUCAAACGGAAGCUAAUGGAAAAGUUAACGGCGUCAAUGUCUCUUCACGUCUCUUGCUUUACAAAUGGACUCCGAUCACUCCCAGCCAAAACAAAGAGAAUAACGGAAAUGACGGGAACCCUGACAUUAGAGACGAUGACGUUACAGUGGAAGAGCCACCCAAGCGUAAAUUUAAGUACAUUCCGAUUGCUGUGUUGGAAGAACAAGCAAAUGAGUCCUCGGAUCAGUUAGAGGAUGAAGCUAAUCCAAUUGCGAAUGAUUCAAAUACAGUGGAAGCAACAUCCAAGACUGAUAGGCAUGAUGAAAAGCCUGAUAUCAAUGAUGUACCAAUGGAUGAUACUCAGGCCCCAGAGGAAAAUCAUGUGGAAAGUAGAGAUCUGAAUGUAACACCAUUGGACUUGAGUUUAGGGUUGAAGGCUAGUGAUGGUGAAAAUGAAUCCAACUCAAGAACGGAUUAAUUAAUCAGAGGGAUAUUGCAAAAUUCCAGCAAUAUUGGACGUGAAGAUGAGCCAAAUGUUAUUCUAUCCUCACAAAGAAACACUGUUCUCCAUCGGCUUGUUACAUAAAUGAGCAAAUUUGAUUUGAUACUUCAUUUAUUGUUGUGAUUGCAAUUUGUAUCGAUUCUGUGUCAGUUGCAAUCAAUAUUUUUCUUUUACUAUUGGUACAAUCAAAGUUUCCAUGAUGUAGUUGGAUUUUUGCACUGACCAAUGUUGAAUGAAAUUUACACCGUAUUGGUUUGGCUUUA